AUGCCUUCUAUGGUGAGAUUCUUUGGAGAAUUAGCUGCUACAUCGACAGGCGGAGGUCCACCUUCAACUGCUUCUCUUGCUCAUAGAAGAAGGAGUUUACGACGAUCUUCAUCUGUUACCGGUGAACAUUUAGAACAGAUAGCUCCUGAAGCUUUCGCUACAGUUAGGCCUUCUGCUCAUGAUACUGAUGAAUGUUCUGAAGGAGCUCACAUCAUGGUGAAUCAUAAAAUGGAGUUCUUCUUUUGUCAAAGUCGUUGUCAUUCUAAAAUCAUAACAUUUAAGAGUCACAAGUUAUCACGAUAUAAAGUCAUAGAGAUGAGAAAAGACACGUGGAUCGCCUUAUCGCAUCUAGCCAGCAUAUGA